ACCCUCUUGGAAAGCUAUUUUAGGCUCAGCCAUCACGCCAAAAUAAAAUAAAAAUAAAAAUAAAAAUUAAAUAAACAAAGGGAAAGUUAAGGUCUUGUUCCUUGGGCUUGUACUCCUUUAAUUUAUGUGGCUACCUCUCCAAACCCAACAUUCUUCUGAUCAACUUUUUCUUUAAGAUGGAGGAAGGCAAGAUGUCUGAGGAUAUUUUAACUUCGGCUGCAGCAUUUGUGGAAGGUGGAAUUCAGGAUGCCUGCGAUGAUGCUUGCAGCAUAUGCCUUGAAGAGUUUUCUGAUAGUGAUCCUUCUACUGUGACUGGUUGCAAGCAUGAGUUCCAUCUUCAGUGUAUUCUUGAAUGGUGUCAGAGAAGCUCCCAGUGCCCCAUGUGUUGGCAGCCUCUCAGCUUGAAAGACACUAACAGCCAGGAAUUGCUGGAUGCAGUAGAGCACGAGCGAAACAUCAGGAUGAAUCCUCCUAGAAACACCACAAUCUUUCACCAUCCGACUUUAGGAGAUUUUGAAUUGCAGCAUUUACCGGCAAGUGCAACUGAUUCUGAGCUUGAAGAGCGUAUCAUUCAGCACUUAGCUGCUGCCGCUGCCAUGGGAAGGACACGCCACCUUGCCAGAAGGGAAGGUCCGCGAGGUAGGUCAUCAGCUCAAGGCCGUCCCCAUUUUCUGGUGUUUUCAACUCAUCCAAAUGCUCCUUCUCCUGCUGGUGCUUCAUCUUCUACUCGGAGGAGUGGGGGUGAACCCACUCCUGAAGUCUUGGUAUCUGGUCAGAAUUCUGCAAUUGUUUCUGGACAACCAGUUACUCAACCAUCUUCUUUUCAAGCUGAUCAGGUUCCUGCCUCUGGGUCAGGAUCAAAUGUUGCUGUUAAUCAGCUUGGGACGUCCUCAAACAAUAGGACUCCUCCUCCUCAAUCUUCUCCUAACAAUCAAGACAGAGCUGGACCAUCAGAUUUUCAGUCGUUUUCAGAAUCUAUAAAGUCUCGACUUAGUGCAAUGUCAAUGAGAUACAAAGAAUCUUUAACGAAGAGUUCAAGGGGUUGGAAAGAGAAAUUUUUCUCUCGUAAUAGUUCAACAACAGAUCAUUGUGCCGAAUCUAGGAGUGAAGUCAGUGCCGCUGUUGCCACUGUAUCAAACCUAAUGGAGCAUGUGGAAACAACAGAUAGCAGAGCCAGUUCUGCUGAAUCAAAUAUACCGGAGGAUACUUUACCUGUCGGACUUGCUGAGCAGCAUAUACCUGUGAUUGGUGAUACCCAUUCUUUAAAUGAGGAUAAUAGGCAAACCCCAUGUGCUGCAAGUUCUGGUUCGAACUAAGUUUUGAAUGACUCAUAGCACUUUCUCUUAAAGGUGGUUACUCCUGCCACCAUCAAUGAUAUAUGAUUUGCAUCUUAUUGGAUCUAUGGUCAACGCUAGUACGCCGAAGUUCAUCACUGAAUGUAGCCUGCUUCAAUAAAAUAGGAGGGAUGGAUGUCAUCAUUUGGUCCGAGCCGUAUAUAUGCAUGAUAAUAUAGAUUUUAAUUGGCCCACUCUGGAUAGUACUGAUGAAAGGCGCACUCUGGAUAGUACUGAUGAACACAACUGUUUUCUUUUAGUUUUACAUGAACCCUCCUUUAUAAUCUUCGUUAGAAAUUGUUAGAUCAUUUUUUUUUAUUCGAGAUUCAGUAGCAUUGGACGUUCACUUUUAACACAAACCUCAAUCUUGAGUAACGUUGAAUGUGUAUAUUGAUUAAUCAUUUUCUAGGUGCCUUUACUUCUGUUA